CAGUUGAAAUACGCAGCUUGGGGCGAACGGUUCUAGCGCGCGCUUCUUCCAAAGCUCACAGCUAGCAACAGAUACUAAAACUACUAACAGAAAGAACACAUCGAGCAAAGACACACAGCAGCACGUCGUCAACUGUCGCGUCGUCGUCAACCGUUCUAAACCUCGGAGAGUGUUGUGCAAAUAGACAAAAAAAAAAAAACAAAUCAAAAAAUUAAAACAAACAAAAAAACAAAAUUAACGGCUCACGCUAAAGCCCACAAUAGAUUUAAACCAAUCGUAAAGCGAGUUAAACACGAAAGAAACACAAAUAAAAACUACAAAAGUAUAUAGUAAUAAAUAUAUACUACGUUGAUUGAUUGUGGGUGUGAAAGCCAAAUAGAAUAUUGAAUCAUCCGUACAACUUCAGUGCGUCGUAUCAUCAACAUCGAAGAAAGCAUCUUUUAAGGGUGCGUGCUUGGAUAAUCGACAAGAAAAAAAUCACGCAUACGCUGCGUCGCAUAUUGCCAGAGAGACGAAUAGAAUACAACGAACACCCACACAAAAAUGAUUUCGCGCCGCAAGAUUAUAUCGCGUUCCCUGGACAAUUUGGACGCCAUUGGGCAAGACGAGCAGGAGGAAGAUGUUUGGCACGAUCGCGAAAAGUUAUUCCGCGAUCAUAUCAAUGAAGUGCUGACCAAGUGGGAGCAAAUCGAUGAUGAGAUUUGGGCCAAAAUUAUUGUCUUCGAGAAGAACCGACGAGUAGCCAAGGCCUAUGCCCGCUCCUCUGUGAUAACUAUCAAUGGUUCCAAGCAUGGCUUUGAUGGCGUACGUAUUGGUCUUAACGGUUUCGAGAAUCCCAUGCGUGAUGCAGAAACAAAGGUCAUCAAGAAGGCUAUCGGAGAUGGCUUCAAGAUCAAAAUGGACGACACUGGAAACAUUUUCAUCAAGCGUUACGGGAAGAGCAGCAUUUACGUGAACAACACUUCGUUCGCCAACGAAGAGACUGUGAUUGGUGGAGACAUUAUUCAAAUGCCACAGAUGUCACUCACAGCCGGCACCUCGUCCAAACUAUUUGACAUGAAGAAGUUUCAGACGAAUAUCAAUCGUGAAUUCGCACGCAACUAUCCGGAACGCAGCCGCUUGGAGCGUCAGUGUUUGUCAGCCGUGUCGCUGGUCAAGUCAAAUAAUAAUCUAAUCAAUACACCAUUGUGGAUAAUGGUUAUCAAUGUGGUUGCCAUGGAUAUGCUGAAGAAUCGCUUGCAAGCGCUGCCCAAGUCGGUGGAUUCACUUGGCAUGCGAGUGCCACUCACACAUUCCAGCGAGGAUCCAUACUCCACCAUUGAGAGCCAAGUGGGUCUCAUUUAUCCCACUCCGGCUGCAUCGGAUGAUUCGCAAAACUCGAGUAACUCCAGCAAGGGUCGACGCAGUGUCUUUAGUGCAGCUUUCCUCAACGAGAGUCCAUAUGUUCCCAAGCCGGACUACGAAGCAGGCGCUUCUUUGGCUCCAAUUUAUGCAGAAAAGAAACGCCCGAAAAACACGCAACAGCGCAAGAAGCAGGACGAUCCCUACUACUGUGGCCUCUUGGCACGCAUUCCCAACUUUAUCAAGUCAUCUAAACAGCCAUGCGCCAGUAAGCCCAAAAAGGAGCCGAAAAUCUCGCGUAAGAUUUCGGCGCAGCAUCAUCAAUUCCUUUUGGCCGCCCAGCAACAACAACAGCAGCAGCAACUGCAACCGCAGGCGCCUAUUCCAAUAGCCACUUUCCAUCACUCAUACUUCCCCUAUAAGCUCUAUCAGCCACAGCACCGACUCUCGCAGUCGCAGUUGUCACUCUGGGAUGCGCGUAGUCUAAUCAGCGCACAUGAAUGAGUAAUACGAGCAGGCCCUAAUUUAUUCAUCGCCUAGCAUUACAUCUUACAAGUAUUUAGUCAAAAGUCAACGUAUUACAUUUUUCGUCGGUGGAGUGCAUUUCGCUCGCUCUUUUGUGAUGAUUGAAUAUGCGGAAUGCAGCCAUUAUUAUGAGCAUACUUUUGGGCGCGUCACUAAAAAUACGCAUUAACCAUAAUAUUAACCAUAAUUUACAGCAAUUAAUGAUUAGACAUGAGAAGAGAUUUAAUGAUUAUGCAAUUUGUAAUAAUUAAUUAAAAUUUUGCCAUAGUUUUUAAAUCGUUUAAGACUGAGAACGUCCUAGAGUUGAGUUGUGCACAAUAAUAAGCGAUAAUAAGCACAUUUUGUUAGCAAAAUAAAAGUGUGAGAAUUGUCAUAAGCAAUUGUUUGCUACUUUAGGCAAGUAACAUUUAUUGUUUUAUUUCCUGUAAAUACAUUUCAUAUGUAAAUAAGUUCGAAUAUUACACACAUGUGAACACUCUGUAAACAUUUAAAUAUUAAAAGAAAAUUUCCCAAGCAAA